AUGAGUAAUCUAAUAUUACUCAGUGAGUCUAGGACCUCUAUACAAGGGGAUUCCCUAAACUCCAAACACAAACGCCGCGGGCUUCUAACCCCGCCUGCACCUGCAAUGAGGCGCCUAGGUGCAUUAGCCACAUUCUCUGCCCACGCCUGUGAAGGUUCACGCUCAUCCGGAAUCACACAGAAACUAGAUGAACGCCUUCACCCGGGCACUACAGUCCAUCGCGGUACCCGGUUCAUCCUUCCAUCUAUUGGCCUUACUGGCGCACCAUGCCAAUGUCUGGUUGGAUCCCAUAUCGUCAUAUGGUACCAUACUCGGCCAAGGCAGCUGACCAGGUUAUCCUCCGAGUCUUCCUCCCUUCAUGCACAGCCUCCACGCUGCCAAUCCGGUUGGGCUCUGACGUGCGAGAAUGCGCUUGACUACACCUUCCUAGACAACAUGUGGUGCUCUCUAGCUUUGGGAAUGGAAUGGUUUGGACUUGGGGUGGAGGAGCGUAUUUAUAGGAGUUCAGGAGGCUGCCUGGCUUCUUGGGACGUCUCCAGUCAUGUGCAGACACAUGGAGACCUAGCUCUUGAUCCAAUCCGUUUCUUCUCUUCUACACUUGCUUCUCAUCCACUCCUGAAGCUUAUACUCUCUCCCAGUAGCUGGGUGUCUCUCCCUGAUAGAAUUAGGUAUUCUUGGAGUUUAUCCACGCCCUCUCUCCUCUUUAGCAGCUGGUGUCGUUGCCCAAUUGGCUUAGGCUUGCUUCGUCUUCAUUCGGUAGCUGGAUGUUGCUACAUGAUUGGCUGA